AUGCGCGUCCUCCUCACCCUCCUCUGGGCCUUCGCCGCCCUCACCAGCGCAACCCUAACCUUCACGCUCCAACGCGCCGGCAACCCCACCAGCGACCAAAACGACGCCUACCAGCGCAUCCAAUCAGCCAUGUCGGCCGCCGUCGCCCGCUACAACCGACUCGCCCCGCGCGCCAACAAGGCCCUCACAGCCCAAUAUGUCCCCUCGGUCGCGACCGCCGACGGCAACUUCAACGGCAACAUCCGGUUCGGGUCCAACCGCGCGUACAUGAACGAGCGCACGGCCCUGCACGAGAUCUCGCAUACCCUGGGCAUCGGCCAGACGCGCGCGUUUGAUGAGAGGUGCGCAGCGAAUAACUGGCCGGGGGCCACGAGGCUGCUGCAGUCGUGGGAUGGGCAGGGGGCGAAGAUCAAUUGUGGCGGGGGGCAUAUUUGGCCGUAUGGGUUGAAUUAUGAUAAUGAGUGGAGUGAGACGAAUGCGGAGAGGCAUUGUUUGUUGAUUGAUGCUAUGUUGGCGGAUGGGUUGGCGGGUUGA